AUGGAACACCGUUAUUGUGUAAUUAUGGCAGGAGGGGUUGGUGCUCGUUUUUGGCCCCUUUCAAGAGAAAGUAAACCAAAACAAUUCUUAGAUAUCAUGCAUGUUGGAAGAACUUUUAUUCAGAUGACAUUUGAUAGAUUGUCAUCUAUUAUUCCUGUAAAAAAUUUUAUUGUUGUUACAUCAAUUCAAUACCGGGAAUUAGUUCAAGAACAAUUACCAGAAAUUCCAGUAGAAAAUAUUCUUUGUGAACCAUAUAGAAGAAAUACUGCACCUUGUGUUGCUUAUGCAAGUCAUUGGAUAUAUUCACGUGAUCCAGAAGGAGUAAUGAUAGUUGCACCAAGUGAUCAUUUAAUAACAAAUGUAAAAAAGUUUAUAAACGUUGUAAAUGAAGCAUUUUCUUUUAUUGAAAAGCAUCCAAACAAAUUAAUGACUUUAGGUAUGACACCAACAAGACCUGAAACAGGAUAUGGUUAUAUUAAUUAUAACAAUAACCAAUUUAUUGAAGGAAGUAUUAGUGAAGUAUUUAAAUUUGUUGAAAAACCAUCUAUAGAUAAAGCACUUGAAUAUCUUGCUUCAGGUAAUUAUGCUUGGAAUGCAGGUAUUUUCUUAUGGACUGCAAAAACAAUAAUUAAUCAACUUAAACAAUUUGCUCCAACAGUUGAACAAUUUUUUGAAGAUAUUAAAGACAAAUUUAAUACUUCUGAUGAAGUUUCUUCAGUUAAUAAUGCAUAUGAAAAAUGUUCUAGUAUUUCUAUUGAUUAUGCUGUAAUGGAAAAAAGUAAUGAUGUGACAGUAAUUUGUUCUGAAUUUGGAUGGUCUGAUGUUGGUACUUGGGGAUCAUUACAUACUUUACAACAAAAAGAUGAACAGCAAAAUGUUUCUGAUGGAAGUGAGUUGUAUAAUUGUCAUAAUUGUAUUAUUCAUAAAAAUUCAAAUAAAUACGUUGUUGUAGAAGGAUUAAACGACUAUAUUAUUGCAGAUACUGAUGAUGCUUUAUUAAUUUGUUCUCUUAAAAAUGAACAAAAAAUUAGGGAUUUUGUUUCUGAUGCAAAGAAAAAAAAUGCUGGAGUAGUUUAA